AUGUCAGGUGUGGUGUUCCCUGGACAGGCCCCUGUGGAUUUGGACAUAUACCAAAGCUCCUACAUGAUCGACUACAAACCUUAUGGGAAGCACAAAUAUGCCCGGGUCACAUCAGAAGAGCAAGCAAAGCUGGACACCCAACUCCGGGACAAAGAGUUCUACAGGCUCACCCACAGCCCCAACCCCAAGCUAGAAGAUGGAUACCCUGCCUUCAAAAGACCCCACAUGACCGCCAAGGACCUGGGGCAACCUGGCUUCUUCCCACCACAGGACCGUGUGGCCCCAGUGGAGGAUGAACGUAGGUUCACCAGCAUCUGUCCAUCCGUGUACCCAGCUUCCCAUGCUCUGUACCUGGCCCACGACCACCCAAACUGGAUUCGACAGAGUGCCGACUUCCCCUGUCUUCUGGAGCCUGAGCGCCAGCCUGCCCCAGACGUGGGCAAAGGCUACUUUCUACUGCCCGGCUGUGCCUGUCCUUUUCACUGUGCAGCCAAGGUUCCCAUAUUGAACCGAUGGGGGCCCUUGAUGCCAUUUUACCAGUAG